AUGAAAUCUCAUAAGCCAAUCGUGGCUCUAGGAGCGGAUCGCCCACUACAAGACGAGAUUGUCACCGCUGAGCAUAUCCAUGGUGCGGACGGGUUGCACAAUGUUCACAAUACAUACCCUCAUCUGGCGCCUUCGGAUGCCUGGAAUGACCUUUUCGAUGGCGACGCAGAUGAUUCGGCCAAACAUGCAACCUACUCGCCUUUCUUUACGGCAUCCAAGGCGCCUGCUCACAAGGAGAUGCUCCGUAUUCUGAAAGAUAACCCUCUCGACACUAUCAGUAUCCUGGCCAUGGGUCGACUAACCAAUGUAGCCCUUGCAGCUGCCGAAGAUCCUGAGACCUUUCUCAAGGUGAAAGAAGUCGUCAUUAUGGGCGGUGCUGUAAAUGUUCCAGGAAACGUAACACCAGUCGCAGAGUUCAACACGUACGCUGAUAGAGUUGCGGCGGCUCGACUCUAUGCACUUACCUUGUUAUUGCCUGUUUCCACCAUGCCACCAGCAUCCGAGAACUUUGCCAAUCUGCCAGCUUAUCCAGCUAAACUUAGUCGGCGCUUGAAGUUGACGCUCCUCCCAUUGGAUAUCACCACUAGACACACCAUCUCGAAGAAUGUUCUCAACCAGCGUAUCAAGCCUUUUAUCGACGCCGGCAGUCCGCUUGCAUUGUGGAUCGCUCAUUGUCUUAAUGGAGCCAUAGGCGGUGUCGCGGAUAUGGUUGGCUAUGGCGUGGACGCAGGUUUCUCAUUACAUGAUGUGUGUACGUUCUGGUACGCCAUGACGCCAAAUGAUCCAGCAUGGAAAAUACCUGAUACACCAGAGGAUAUUCGCAUAAAAACAACCGGUCAAUGGACUAAAGGCAUAUAUAUCAUCGACAGUCGAAACAGGUCUCGCCAAGGCCAAGCAGUUUUAGCUGGCAAAGAAGGAGCAGGAGACCCAAUGGGAUGGUUGAGCCAUACGAGAGGCAACAGGCUUAAUCGAAUUACUUCUUCGCCAGUUGAAGGUGUCUUUGACAUCUGGAUGGAAAAGGUUUUUGAGAACUAA